AAGAGGAGAGCGUGGAACUGAAGAAGAAGAACUGCAGAAGCUGCGGAUACGUAGUGUGACUGUCUGAUCAACAAGCUGCUGAGAUCGAGCUUCAAGAUGCAUCUGUUGAUAAUGACGGUGGUGAUUAUGAUAAUGGGGAAGACCGCUGCUCAGUCCCAUUGUGACCCAAUAACUCAGUAUGAGAAAGCUGGCCAAUGCUGCCGAAUGUGUAGUCCAGGCACUAGCAUGUCCAUGCAGAGCACUUGUUUGGAGCCUCAGUGCAUAGAAUGCGGGGAGAAAGAAUAUCAGGAUAAAUACAACUCUGAACGCCAGUGUCACCGUCAGCCGUACUGUGACCCCAAUAAAAACUUCCAGUCCUCUACUCAAGAGAGUAAGAAGAAACGAACCACCUGCCUGUGUGAGCUGGGGUUCCACUGCUCCAGUGAAGCUUGUUUAACCUGUGUGCCACACACAGCCUGCACACCAGGACAACAGGCUCAGUCCACGGGCAACCAGACCCAUGACACAGUGUGUCAGAAAUGCCCGGAAGGCUCAUUUUCUACUAGCAACUCAUGGAACAGUGUCUGUACCAAAUGGACAGAGUGUGAGAGUGGCUACCAUAUUCAACUAAGUGGAACAGAUGUCUCUGACAGUGUCUGUGAUAAAACGUCCCGUCUGCAUGUGGUUACAAUCAUAUGUGUUUCUGUCAUCGUGUGUUUAGUGAUAAUACUUGGCGUCGCAUAUUGUUUAUGCAGAGGAGAUGCAAAGUGGAGGAAAAAGGCCUGUCCUAACUCAUGCAAUGGAGACCAACAGGAGCUACAGAGAGACAAUCACCUACUGAUUUUCACCCCGGUCGAUGAUUCUGAAAAAGGCCCACUGGAUAUUGAACAUCCAUUCUCACACGAGGAGUGUAGCCCGAGGGCACCGGAGGAAAACAUCGAAGAGGAGUCAAAGGAGGACACGUUGUCAGGUGUUGUUACCACUGAAAAUGGAAAUUGUGUGACUCAGGAAUCGGGAAAAGAAGAAAUCCAGUCCCAAGAAGAGACACUGACACUGACGAUACAACCUGAAAGUUGUCUUUAGUUAUGAAUUUAUAUAAAAAUAAAAAAUGAUUUACAAGUUCUCCUGACCUAAACCUGUGCAUGUUUCCUUUAAUGUAAUGUUAUUUUAAAUUGUGCUGUGUGUGCAGUGUUAAAAUACGACAUAUUAAAGUACUCAUUUUAAAUUUAGUAUUACAAACUGUGGGCCGUUUUCAGCAUUUGUGUGUGUGUGUGUGUGUUCUCUACACUAUAUUUGCAUGUUCAUACAUGGUACUAAACUGUUUGUGUUGCACUAAUUUAAAAUAUUGUCCAUAGAAUUGUAUUGCACUCCUGUUGGUCACUAUGUAGACUGCAGGAAGUAAUAAAGCCAAUGCUGCCCAGCUGCAACGUGACUCCUUUAAUUGAAUCGUUUUAUAUAAGCUUCAUUGGCUGCUGGUUCAUUUUAGAAUUGAUUUUAAGAUUUUACUCUUUGCUUUUAACAGAGAUUGUAACGAUGUGUGCAAAUGACAGGGUUCUACACUCAUCAGGUCAAAGGUUAAUGGCUGUCCUCGGGUCAAGACACAGACUGUGAGGUGACCGAUGUUGCUGCUCCUAACCUCUGGAACAGGUUACGCCCUGAUUUGUAUUCUAUCACUGAAAAGGAAACGCAAAACAUAUUUAUUUAGAAUGGCUUUUAAAAUUCAGUAGCACAGUGACACUUUGCUUCUGUUCUUAAUUUUAACUUUACGUGUAUUUUUUUUAUUCUUUCUUUUUAUGUCAAGCACUUUGAGUACA